UUUGCGCCUGGAAAACUCAUCUUCAAAUCUCCUAUUCAUUUCAGAAGCUCUCUCAUCGUCAUCGUCUUCCAUAUGGCCGUGGAUGGGUCCUAUGUAUUUCAUGUUUUGCAAGUGAUAUUUCAGAGUCUGGAGUCCAGGGACUUCAUGUAUCUUUCACGUCGGCACGGGGUAGCUGCACAGCUUGACAUGUUGAAAACAGAUUUUAGAUAUAUUCAAAAAGACCUCAUCGAUUUAGAGAGGCAUCAACUCCACUACGAGGCAGCAACUAUGAAAUUGUGGCUGGACGAUUUACUGGACUUGGCUUAUGAUUUGGAUGACAUGGUGGAUGGAUUUGCAACUGAUAUGUUAGGGCGUAAGCUGAUGGCCCAACAUUAUUUUAGCAUUAGCAAGGUGCGUAACCUUAUCCCUGAUUGUUUUACUCAUUCCACUCCAAAUAUCGGCAUGGUGUCCAAGAUUGAAGAUAUCGCUCGUCAUUUGAAAAAAUUCACUGGAACAACUGCGCCCUUACGUUUUCCGAAAUUACAACCGUCCUUAAGUUUAUCUACACAUUUUUGCUUUCACGGCCGAGAUGCAGAUAAAGCCAAGAUACUUGAAAUGGUGUUAAGUGAGGAAUCAAAUUAUAUAAGCAUUGUUGGAAUGGGAGGAAUUGGCAAAACAAGUCUAGUUGUGCGGGUCUACAGCGACAGGGCUUUGGAUGGUUUCAAUAUCAGAGCGUGGGUAACUGUUUCUUAUGGCUCCAAUAGUCAACGAAUUUGCGAGCAACUUCUCGAGGCGAUUACUUUAUCCCCUUGCACGUUUGAUGAAUUAGAAGAAGCACUAAUUGAGCUGAGAAACACUGUAAUUGGAAAAAAAUUCUUGUUUGUCUUGGAUGAUGUCUGGAUUGAGAAUGAUCACGAUUGGGAACUCCUUGGGACAACUUUUGUGGCUGGAGCAGCUGGAAGUAAAAUAAUUGUGACUACACGUAAUGUCGCUGCUGCUUUAACAAUGCAGCCCAGCAUCUGUUAUAACUUGAAUCUCCUAACAAAAGAUGCUUGCUGGGCUAUAUUUGAGUUUAUGGCUGGUGGAAUUAAUCCACAACUAAUUUCACCACAAAUUCGAGAGAAAGUUGUUGAAAAGAUCCAAGGCUUGCCUUUGGCUGCACGCACUCUUGGUCGCAUGUUAAGCUGUGAGAAAAGAAAUGAGUGGGAAAACAUAUUGAAUGAAGAAAGAUUCAAUUUUUCAUAUGAAUCUGAAAUUAUCCGUGUGUUAGAAAUAAGUUACACUAGGCUUCCUUCUCAUGUAAAAGGUUGUUUUACUUAUUGUGCAAUUUUACCAAAGGAUUAUGAAUUUGAGGAAAAGGAACUUGUACUUUUAUGGGCUGCAGAUGGUCUGAUCCUUUCACCAUAUGGAGGCCAAAAGACAUUGAAAGAUGUGGGUAGUGAAUAUUUUAAAGCUUUACUGGAAAGGUCAAUUUUUCAACCAUCAAGCACUAAUGCUUCUAAGUUUAGAAUGCAUGGCAUUUUAUUCAGUCUAGCGCAAAGGAUUUUGGGAGGAAGAAAUUUUAAGUUGGGAGAGGAUUUAAAAACCUCAAAAAGAUUUGAUAAGAUUCGGUAUUUUUCUUACAUUUGUGAUAAUUAUGAUCGAAAAGAAAAAUUUAAAGAUCUCCACAGAAUGACUCACCUAAGGACUUUCUUGUCAACUGCUAGAGGUGACAAUACUCGAUACUUGAGUAACAUGAUUCUUUUUUAUUUGUUACCAAAGUUGAAAACAUUGAGGGCAUUAUCUCUAGAAAGUUAUUACAUUACAAUGCUACCAGAUUCAAUUGGAGAUUUGAAACUUCUAAGGUAUCUCAAUCUAUCUAAUAUUGAGAUCAGAAGUGUGCCUGAAUCAACAAGUUUAUUAUUUAACUUGCAAUGUUUGAUAUUAAAACAUUGUUUCCGGCUUAUCAGGUUGCCUUCUAAUGUUGGAAGUUUGGUCAAUCUAUAUCACCUUGACAUUAGAGGAGUGAAGUUAGCAGAGAUGCCUUUGGGAAUGGAAAAUUUGAAAUAUCUUCAAGUGUUGUCUAAUUUUGUUGUGGGCAAAGACAAGGGAUCUUGUAUAAAAGUUUUGAAAAAUUUGAGAUUUCUCUCUGGGGAACUUUGCAUUUCAAGAUUAGAGAAUGUAGUUCUUGAUUUCCAAGGAUCUAUUUUAGCCGAUAAGAACAGCCUAGAAGUGUUGGUAUUAGAAUGGGGAUGUCAACAUGAUGAUUCACGAGACAAGGCAAAAGAAAAUAAAGUACUUGACAUACUUCAACCUCAUAAAAAUCUAAGCAAACUUACAAUCAAAUGUUAUGGUGGUCUGGUAUUUCCAUCUUGGGUAGGAGAUCUGUCAUACUCCAACUUGGUGGCCCUAAGAUUGGAAAAUUGUGAAAAAUGCACAAUGUUGCCGCCACUUGGGCAAUUAAGCUUGCUUAAAACACUCACCAUCAAAGGCUUGGUAGGACUAAAUAGGAUUGGAUUGGAAAUUUAUGGGGAAAAUUGCUCUAGACCUUUUCCAUCUUUAGAGACUCUUUGUUUUGAUGAUUUGCUAGAAUGGGAGUAUUGGGACCAUAUCAAAGAAAAUAAGUGUGUCAACAGUUUUACUUGCUUGCAAGAGCUUUCCAUCAUAGAUUGCCCAAAUCUAUAUGGCCAGUUACCAGACCAUCUUUCUUCAUUGGAGAAGAUUGUGAUUCGUGAGUGCAAGCGGUUGGUAGUUUCAUUCAAUCAUCUUCCUUCAUUGAAAGAACUUUUGAUUCAUGAAUGUCAACAGUUUGUAGUUUCAGUCUCAAGCUUUCCUGUGCUCUGCGAACUUGAAGUAAUUGGAUGCGAAAACACGGUGUGCAAUAGUCCAUUUGACUUCAAGUCAAUAAAGUCUAUGACUCUUUCAAAUAUUUCAAUAUCUGGGAACUGGUUUAUUCAAGGGUCUCAGAAAGUGGAAUAUCUAAAGAUUGUCAAUUGUGAAGAACUCAUAAACCCAUGGCUGAGUAGGAUUUGUCUUCAGAAUCUAGUAGAAUGGUCACAUAGCUUCACUUCCCUUAGAGAACUGUGUAUUGAAAAUUGUAACGGAAUUGUCUCAUUUUCAGAAGCAAGUUUUCUUUCUGUUUUGAGAGUACUUAAGAUUAAAAAUUGCAGUGCUCUAAAAUAUGUUUAUGAGGGAUUGAAGAAUAGUGAUGCACAUGUGGAGAUCUUGCAAAUUGAGGAUUGUCAUUCUCUAACAUUUCUUACGAGAGGUCACCUACCUCCAUUUCUGAAACAGCUCUCCCUAAUAAAUUGUCAGAAAUUGCAGGGGUUGUUGGAUGAUAAAGAGGACACUUGCUCUUCUUCCACAUCAUUGGUGCACAAUGACGAUGUUACAAAUGCCACUAUAAAUCUUCUUGAGUAUUUGUAUAUCUCCCAAUGCCCAUCUCUCACUUUUUUAUCAUCAAAAGACCAGUUAUUUGUCGUCUUGAAACACCUUGAUAUUCGAGAUUGCCUGAAACUCAGAACUUUAUUAUUGCAAGGUGAUUUACCAACAACACUCGAACAUUUGGAGGUUUCGGGUUGCUCAGAGCUUACCAGGUUGUCAACUAAAUGUUUGUUACCUGAGGCACUUAAACACCUGGACAUUGCUAAUUGUCCAAAGUUAACGACCAUAGCAAAGAGCUUCGAUAAAGGCAUGUCUGUUGGGUUUAUCCAGAUGAAGAACUGUAAAAAUCUUGAAUUCAUACCCAAGGGUAUACAUAAUCUGAAUAGUCUCCAUACAAUGUAUGUACAAGAUUGUCCAAGUCUUGUCUCGUUUCCUUCAGAAGGCUUUCCUGACACCAGCUCAACUGUGUUAUCAAUUGAGAGGUGUAAGAAACUUAAAGCUCUACCUAGUGGCCUGCACAAUCUCAGCUGCCUUCAACAAUUAGUAAUAAGGCAGUGUCCAAGUGUUAUGUCCAUUCCGAAGGAAGGCUUUCCUACCAACCUAACCUCACUUUCAAUUGAUGAUGCCAAUCUGCUUAAAUCACUGUUUGAGUGGGGGCUGCAUAAUCUCACAAGUCUAAGAAGCCUUGAGAUAAGGGGAUGCUUAGAUGCAAUUUGUUUCCGGAUCGUGGACAUGAAUAUGGUGCUUCCGACCUCUCUAACUCAACUAACCAUUAGAAGUUUCCCAAAAUUGAAAUAUCUAUCAUCUAAGGGUUUCGAGACCCUUAUUUCUCUUGAAAAACUUUCCAUUAGUGAUUGCAUGGAGUUGUCAUCCUUUCCAACAAGGUUGCCAUCCUCACUGCUGCAGUUAUAUAUUUCUAAUUGUCCUUUGCUGAAAAAGCACUGCAGAAGGAAUAAAGGACAAGAGUGGUCCAAGAUUGCUGACAUUCCUCAUGUCAGCAUAGAUUAUGAAUUCAUCUAUGACACAUGAUCACAUACUGAUGGUUUGAGAAGCUGGGUUCCAGUAUUAUGAACUAUCAGGAUAGGGUGCCAAACACAUUGGAGGUCAGUACCAGUUCACAGGCAUUGAUGCGUGGCAUUGCUGUCAUCUCUGUUCUGGAAGUUAUUCUCCCAGGCAUUGCUUCAUCUUUGUUCCGGAAGUUACUCACUUCGCCUGAUUGGUCUUUAUGUAAGUUGUAGUUGGUGAAAGGUACUGUAAAAAAAUAUUUGAACAACAAUUAUUUUAUGAAUGAAAGUGCAUACAAAAAAAUCUUAUUUCUGGUGCUUACUUGCCCAUCCUUACGAAAGCAUAUUAUUUCUAAGACAGUAAGACUUUAUGUUACUGAAUACAGGAAAAAAAGGGAAAUUGAAUGCCCUUUUUUCUUACCUAAACUAAAUGUAAAUUAGAGUUCAUAUUCCACCAAAAAAACAAAAGUUAAUGUUGUUACAUUCUGUAUGGGCUAAAAACUUUCUAUACUGCUUAAAAUUUGUAGAUUGAUAUGUCAAUUUUGUCUCAUGUUGUAAAUGAAGUUUAUUUCUUUCACAAGUACACUUCUUCCUUCUCCUCCUAUUAGACUUGAUUACUAUGCUUUGUAGCAAUCUUGCCUUUUAUAAAAUGUCUCAUAAAUUUGUCUUCUUUAGGAUUUCCCCUACAUUCGUUACUUUUGGGAAGUAACAUCUAGUGGAUGAUGUCUUUUUGGUAACCUCACUUAUGGUGUAAAACUUUUUAUUCUUUCAGUUGGAAUGUUAGAGCCCGAUUAUAUGUGAGGAAGAAGAAAGGAGGAGGGAAGGCAAGAAGAAAGGCACGAGCGGAGGAAGAGACUGGAAAGCAAAUCAUGGUGGCAGAGGGCUGUAAUUUUAAUGCAGAUGGCAGCAGUGGUGGUGACUCCAGUAAGCAGUUUAUGGGAGCUCCAGAUGGCAGCACUCCAGAAUCAGCAAAAGCAGCAGACAGGCAGCAAAAGUUUUGGGAUAUGCUGGAAAAGAAAGAAAUUAUGAAGACAUUGAAAGCUGAGCUGGCAUGCAGGGAUUGGGAGAGGAGUUGGGAGGAAUUAAGAAAUAGGGACCUGGAGAAGGAAAUGGGGAAGGAAGAGGAGAAAUAGAAAGAAAGUGGGGGAGAGCUCCAGCCUCUCGAAAGCUGGAAGGCAUUGAAUUUUCUGGGAAUUCCUUGAGUCAUUGUAAUCAAUGAGGGUUUUAGCUAUGUUGCUGUGUGAGAGUUUUAGUUGUGUUGAUGCUGCAUUUCUUUUGAUUACUUGUAACCUUUUGGAGACUUGAGUUUUAAUGUUGGUGUAGAGAUUAUUAGUCUGAGUUCAUAGAGUGUGAAGUUGAUUUUGUAACCCAAAUGCCAAGGAAUGCAAAACUGAGUGUCUUUGUUCUUUAAUGAAAUUAUUAUAGAAAGAAUUUCAAUUUA